GCAACAGUCCUGUCCCACCUCAAAACCUACAACCUCUAUUAUGAUGGACAGAACCUGCAGUUGAGACACAGAGAGGUAUCGGUAGUGUGUGUUGGUGUGUAUGCGUGUGAGCGAGAGUAAGAGCGAGAGUCUUUCCAUUUUUGUCAAUCACUGUCAUAAAUCGUGAAAUAGCUGCACCCUCCUAUUUCACCUCUCUUUAUUGCAUGUAUGCUUUUUCUUUUCCUCCUCUCUUUGUUUAUUUUUCCCUUUCUCACGCACCCUCUCUCUCAAACCUUUGCUGUUCAAUUUACCCCUCACUGACUCAAUAAUUCACCCUGCCCCAAAGGGAUAAUAACUGUCAGUGUUUUUGUGUGUGUGUGUAUGUGUGUGUAUUGAUCAUGGUAACUCUGUCUCUACAGGAGGAAGGGGAGCUGAUCGUGGAGGGUUUGCUGAAUAUCUCCUGGGGCCUGCGUCGACCUAUUAGAUUGCAGAUGCAGGACGAUCACGAGAGAAUCAGGCCCCCUCCCUCCUCUACCUCCUGGCACUCCGGCUGUGCCCUGGAUAAUCAGAGGUAGGGAGUGAGCUCUGGUUACCAUACCAUCAACACAUAGAAGGCAACAUAUAGAAACAUGUACUGCGUAUAGUAUGUAUGAAAAGUAUACACUGAGUUUACAAAACAUUAAGAACACCUGCUCUUUCCAUGGCAUAGACUGACCAGGUCAAUCCAGGUGAAAGCUAUGAUCCUUUAUUGAUGUCACUUCAGUGUAUAUGAAGGGGAGUAGACGGGUUAAAGAAGGAUUUUUAUGCCUUGAGACAAUUAAGACAUGGAUUGUGUGUGUGCCAUUCAGAGGGUGAAUGGGCAAGACAAAAUAUUUAAGUGCCUUUGAACAGGGUAUGGUAGUAGGUGCCAGGCGCACCGGUUUGUGUCAAGAACUGCAACGCUGCUGGGUUUUUCAUGCUCAACUGUUUCCCAUGUGUAUCAAGAAUGGUCCACCAUCCAAAGGACAUCCAGACAACUUGACACAACUGUGAGAAGCAUUGGAGUCAACAUGGGCCAGCAUCCCUGUGGAAUGCUUUCGACACCUUGUAGAGUCAAAGCCCCGAUGAAUUGAGGCUGUUCUGAGGGCUCAAUAUUAGGAAGGUGUUCCUUAUGUUUGGUAUACUCAGUAUAUGUUUACAUUUUAUUGUUAUUACCGUUUGUCCUGAAGCCAUGCUGUGAGCCAAAAAUAAUUUCUUAACUGAUAAUAAAGUAUUGCUAUAACAUAAUGAUUAUCCUAAAAUGUCAUACUCAUCAACGGCCAAGCAUAUUUAUUUCAUUUUGUCUCACCAGGAUAGUGUCUGUGUCAGUGGGCAUGUGGUUGACAUUUUAUAGAGUUUGGUUUGGUGAAUGUUUGUCCUGUGGCCACCAUACUGGUAUAUCUGUAUUAUGACCUAGAUUCAGGGUUUCUAGUUUACUCUGACCACACGUUAUUGUCACCGAUCAGAUUACAUAGAAACCAUAUUUCACUGUUCCUCUGCCAGUGUCAAUUACGCACUGAUGUAGUAUAACUUUGAAGAGAAGAUAAUGUGUCAUAAAUAAGGUCAGCCUAUUAAAUAUGGGAAUAUUCAUGUUUGCCUUAUGUCAGUAGCAAUGAAGGUACCCAGCAGAUCCCGCCCACCAUAGAAGUGACAGAGCACGAGAGCCAAUCAGAGGACAGCAUUGUGAAGGAGGAUGAGGAAGAAGGUGGGUCUUAUAGAAGACUAGUCUGAAAACCUUCAGCUUGUUAUUAUGGAAAACCCAAUUAUUUAUCCAACAUCAGAUACAGUGGCUUGCGAAAGUAUUCACCCCCCUUGGCAUUUUUCCUAUUUUGUUGCCUUUCAACCUGGAAUUAAAAUUGAUUUUUUGGGGGGGUUGUAUCAUUUGUAUGCACUGGAUAAGAGCGUCUGCUAAAUAACUAAAAUGUAAAUUUGAUUUACACAACAUGCCUACCACUUUGAAGAUGGAAAAUAUUUUUAUUUGUGAAACAAGAAAUAAGACAAAAGAACAGACAACUUGAGCGUGCAUAACUAUUCCCCCCCCCCCCAAAGUCAAUACUUUGUAGAGCCACCUUUUGCAGCAAUUACAGCUGCAAGUCUCUUGGGGUAUGUCUCUAUAAGCUUGGCACGUCUAGCCACUGGGAUUUUUGCCCAUUCUUCAAGGCAAAACUGCUCCAGCUCUUUCAAGUCGGAUGGGUUCCACUUGUGUAAAGCAAUCUGUGUACAGUCAUACCACGGAUUCUCAAUUGGAUUGAGGUCUGGCCUUUGACUAGGCCAAUCCCCUUAAACCACUCGAGUGUUGCUUUAGCAGUACGCUUAGGGUCAUUGUCCUGCUGGAAGGUGAACCUCUGUCCCAGUCUCAAAUCUCUGGAAGACUGAAACAUCCAUCAUUCCUUCAAUUCUGAUCAGUUUCCCAGUCCCUGCCAAUUAAAAUUGGAUGGUGUUCUCAGGGUGAUGAGAGGUAUUGGGUUUGCGCCAGACAUAGCGUUUUCCUUGAUGGCCAAAAAGCUCAAUUUUAGUCUCAUCUGACAAGAGUACCUUGUUCCAUAUGUUUGGGGAGUCUCCCACAUGGCUUUUGGCGAACACCAAACGUGUUUGCUUAUUUUUUUCUUUAAGCAAUGGCUUUUUUCUGGCCACUCUUCCGUAAAGCCCAGCUCUGUGGAGUGUACGGCUUAAAGUGGUCCUAUGGACAGAUACUCCAAUCUCUGCUGUGGAGCUUUGCAGCUCCUUCAGGGUUAUCUUUGGUCUCUUUGUUGCCUCUCUGAUUAAUGCCCUCCUUGCCUGGUCUGUGAGUUUUGGUGGGCGGCCCUCUCUUGGCAGGUUUGUUGUGGUGCCAUAUUCUUUUUUAAUUAUGGAUUUAAUGGGUGCUCCGUGGGAUGUUCAAAGUUUCGGAUAUUGUUUUAUAACUCAACCCUGAUCUGUACUUCUCCACAACUUUGUCCCUGACCUGUUUGGAGAGCUCCUUGGUCUUCAUGGUGCCCCUUGCUUAGUGGUGUUGCAGACUCUGGGGCCUUUCAGAACAGGUGUAUAGAUACUGAGAUCAUGUGACAGAUCAUGUGACACUUAGAUUGCACACAGGUGGACUUUAUUUAACUAAUUAUGUGACUUCUCAAGGUAAUUAGUUGCACCAGAUCUUAUUUAGGGGCUUCAUAGCAAAGGGCGUGAAUACAUAUGCACGCACCACUUUUCCGUUAUUUAUUUUUUUUAAUUUCUUGAACCAAGUAAUUUUUUUCAUUUCACAUCACCAAUUUGGACUAUUUGGUAUAUGUCCAUUACAUGAAAUCCAAAUAAAAAUCAAUUUAAAUUACAGGUUGUAAUGCAACAAAAUAGGAAAAACGCCAAAGGGGAUGAAUACUUUGCAAGGCACUGUAGCCAUGCCUGUUCAAUACAAUACAUUUUAGAACAUUCUGUGACGUUCUUUGGAGCUUGAUUGUCUGACUCCUCCCCUUUCUCCUAUCUCUGUGAUCUGAUUGGACAGAGGAAUAUGAGAGCUCCACCCAGCUGCUGAGGACGAAGAGCGAUGCUGGGGUUCUGAGGCGGGGCCAGCGCCGGUCGCCUAGCGACCAGAGAAGGAUACGUCGACACCGCUUCUCCAUCAACGGACACUUCUACAAUCACAAGGUACACUCACACGCAUGCACACACACACACACACACACCAUAAUACUGCAGCUAAACACUACUACAAUGACAACAUACUACCACAAAUAAACUAAUCUUGUCUCUCUCUCACUCAAUCCUCUCACCCUCUCAUAAUUGUGCGGCCCCCAUCGCCCCUUCAGACUGCAGUCUUCACUCCAGCGUAUGGUUCAGUGACUAACGUGCGGAUCAACAGUUGUAUGACCACGCCCCAGGUGCUGCGAGUGCUACUUAACAAGUUUAAGAUUGAGAACAGCCCAGAUGACUUUGCGCUGUACCUUGUACACACCAGCGGGGGUGAGUGAGUGUGUUUGUUGUUGUGUGGUCUUGCAUAGAGUUUAAAGCUGAAGCACUUUCUCUGUUUUGCAGGGUCCAUGUUAGCAGUUUGUGUUUGUGUGUGUGUGUGUGUGCGUGUGCGCGAGAGUGCUGCAGCUCUGUGGCAAAACAUGGCAAUCUUCUAACAUAACUUAAGCACACCCAUUGUAAUGCAGUAAAGGUCUGACAAUGUUUUUUCUUUCAGAGCGUGUGAAGCUGAAGCGCAGUGACUACCCCCUGGUGCUGCGUGUGCUUCAGGGUCCAUGUGAACAGGUCAGCAGAAUCUUCCUGAUGGAGCAGGACCUGGGAGAGGAAGUCACCUAUGAUGUAAGACUGCUGAUGUGUAACUGCCAAAUUAUUCCCCACCCACUAUACAACUGAUAAAUCAUUCACCACUUCUCAGUACCCCUAAACUAAAUCACAUCCUCUGAAUGGAAUGUUCUGUCUGUCCCUUUUACUAUUACAAAAGGGCUCAGUUCAAUAGAACCUGCAGUGGGCUAUUUAUGCACUAAACUAGCAAAACCAUAAUUUACUUAAGUUAAGCUGCUUGGGGGGUUGCCAGCCAAGCCAAUUAGCUGUCCUCAACAAUGGCUUGACACCAGUUUGACAGUGUAGUCAAUGGCCAAAAACGGACAUAAGCUGUUAUAACUAUUUAUGACCUCAUUUAUGUUAUUAUUAUUAUUAUUACCACUACAGUAUUGUGAUUUCAUAAUAGUUGAGGGUCCAGGUCAAGUCUAGCUGUGUUUGUAACUGCAUUUCUCUCUCCUCCCCACCAGGUGGCACAGUAUAUUAAGUUUGAGAUGCCGGUGCUGCAGAGCUUCAUCACCAAGCUGAAGGAGGAAGAGGACCGGGAGGUGCAGAAACUCAGGAGC